CAUCAAUUCACUUUCACAAUCCAUUCAGAUCGAUUGCAAGAGUUACAAAACAAAACAAAAAAAACCGCCAAGAUGAAAACCGACUUCUGCUUCAAGGGAAUGAUGGUCCCAGUUUUCACUCCAUUCAUGGAUGACAAGACACGUUCAAUCAACAUGAAUAUGGUUGACAAGUACUGUCAAUACAUGAAAUCAAUGGGAAUGCAGGGAGUUGCUGUUAACACCAUUACUGGCGAGGGUAUGUGUAUGACCAUGCAAGAACGUAUGCAGAUGACUGAAAAAUGGCACGAAGCCACCCGCAAACACGGCAUGACCAUGAUGGUUAACAUCGGCGGCACGGACCUGCCAAGCGUUUACAUGAUGGCUGAACAUUGCGAAAAAAUGAAGGUCGACUGCGUCAUGAUGAUGCCAGACAUGUGCUAUAAACCAAUGACUGAAGAAGACUUGAUGAUGUACAUGAAAGACGUCAUGAAGCACUGCCCAACUCGUCCAAUGAUGUACUACCACAUGCCAAUGAUGACUGGUGUACAUAUGGACAUGAUGCGCAUGAUGAAAAUGAUGGAACGGGAAUGCCCAAUGUUCGCUGGUGUCUACUAUUGCCACGAUAACAUGGACAUGAUGAUGAUGUGCAAACAAAUGAUGCCACACAUGAACAUGAUCUGCGGAACAAUGUCAUCAAUGAUGGCAUGCAUGUCACAAGGCAUGGACGCCAUCUCAAUGGCUGCUAUGAACGUGUGCCCAGAAAUGAUGAAACAAAUGUACGACCAUAUGAUGAACCAUAAAAUGAACGAAGCAAAGAUGAUUCAUGAAAAAAUGAUGAAAUAUAUAUAUGAUAUGUUCCACAUGGAUGCUGAUAUGCACUUGAAUAUGGACUGGAUGAUGAUGAUGCGAAUGCAAAUGGACAAAAUGCAACCGAUGGGCAUAAAAAUGGGACCAAUGCGCCGUCCACAUAUGACCAUGACCCGAAUGUUCUGGAUGAAUAUGUAAACACCAACGGACGAAUACUCAAACACCAAAAUUCGAAAUAUAAUGCGCUAGAUUUUAUAAUAUAAAUGCAUUUAAAAAAAAUUAAACAAUUUUGCAAACGAAAAAAAAUGUUCAUACAGGUUAAUAAUCUGAAUAACAAAUUAUUUUGUGACAAAAGAAAAUAUAUUAGCGUAUUGUGAACCAAAUGAAUACAACUAAAAGUACUAUAAGCAGAAAAACAUUUUCAAUAAAUUCCACGCUUUUACUAA